CAGCCUGCCAGAGGAGAGCAGAGCAGAGCAGAGCAGAGCAAAGCAGUCAAGCUCCCGGACGGUCCGUGGAGGAAGAUGGCGGUGGGGAUGCUGUCUGGAAGCGGAGUCGAAUUUUGGAUUUGCACGUAAAAACCACAGCCUGGUGGAUACAAAGGACAACCAUGGAAGCCUUCCCGACGUUUCUUCUGGACACGCGGACGCUUUUGGGGCUGUUUUAGCCACAAUUUGUCGCCUUUUGCCUCGGCACGAAUCCCGGUUUGUUGUCCGGAGACUUUCCCCGCUAAGGAGCCCAGACAGGCGAAAAGUAGACAAAAAUGUCGGAUACUAAGGUCAAAGUUGCAGUGAGAGUUCGCCCCAUGAACCGUAGAGAAAUUGAGCUGAAUACAAAAUGCGUGGUGGAUAUGGAGGACAACCAGACGGUUCUGCACGCGCCACCUUCCAAUGCAAAAGGAGACAACAGCAGGAAGCAGUCCAAGGUGUUCGCCUUUGACCACUGUUUCUGGUCCAUGGAUGAGUCCAACGUUCCCAAAUAUGCUGGUCAAGAGGUGGUGUUCAAGUGCCUUGGAGAGGGAAUACUUGAAAAUGCAUUCCAGGGAUAUAAUGCCUGCAUAUUUGCCUAUGGACAAACAGGUUCUGGCAAGUCAUUUUCCAUGAUGGGGAACGGGGAGCAGCCUGGUUUGAUCCCUCGACUUUGCUGCUCGCUGUUUGAAAGAGUCCACCAGGAGGAAAACGAAGGCCACACUUUUAAAGUGGAAGUGUCCUACAUGGAAAUUUACAACGAGAAGGUCCGUGACCUCCUGGAUCCCAAAGGGAGCCGACAGUCUCUGAAGGUUCGUGAACACAAAGUCCUGGGUCCAUACGUGGAUGGUUUGUCUCAACUGGCUGUGACCAACUUUGAGGACAUUGAGGUGCUUAUGUCAGAGGGGAACAAAUCUCGAACAGUGGCAGCCACCAACAUGAAUGAGGAGAGUAGCCGAUCUCAUGCUGUGUUCAGUAUCAUUGUCACACAAACACUCUACGAUCUACAAUCUGGGAAUUCUGGGGAGAAGGUGAGCAAGAUGAGUCUAGUUGACCUUGCAGGAAGUGAACGGGUGUCCAAGACAGGAGCUGCAGGGGAACGACUUAAAGAAGGCAGCAACAUAAACAAGUCUCUGACCACAUUAGGUUGUGUGAUUUCUGCACUGGCUGACCAGUCUGCGGGAAAGGGAAAGGCUAAAUUUGUGCCUUACAGAGACUCAGUCCUCACAUGGCUACUCAAGGACAACCUUGGUGGAAACAGCAAGACUGCUAUGAUAGCAACAGUGAGUCCUGCAGCAGACAACUAUGAAGAAACUCUUUCCACUCUGCGUUACGCCGAUCGAGCAAAGAGGAUUGUCAACCACGCCGUUGUAAACGAAGAUCCAAACGCUCGCAUCAUCCGAGAACUCCGGGAGGAGGUGGAGAAGCUUAAAGUUCAGCUAUCUCAAGCUGAGUCUUUGAAGGCUCCUGAGCUUAAGGAGAAGCUACAUGAAUCCGAGAAACUCAUCAUGGAGAUGACUGUCACUUGGGAAGAAAAGUUAAGGAAGACCGAGGAGAUUGCCACAGAGCGGCAGAAGCAGCUGGAGAGCAUGGGCAUCUCUCUGGAAACAUCUGGGAUUAAAGUGGGUGAAGACAAGUGUUUCCUCGUCAAUCUGAAUGCCGAUCCUGCCUUAAACGAGCUGCUUGUUUACUAUUUAAAGGAGCGCACGCAUGUCGGUGCUGACACUUCCCAGGACAUCCAGCUGUUUGGAAUCGGUAUCCAGCCGCUGCACUGUGUGCUGGAGCUAUGCCCGGACGGUGAUGUCACUUUGAUGCCCGUGGGGACUGCCCGGACCUGUGUGAAUGGAACAAUGAUCGAUUCUUUGGUGCAUCUCUGGCAUGGAGACCGUAUCUUAUGGGGCAACAACCACUUUUUUAGGAUCAAUUUGCCAAAACGUAAGCGGCGGGACCGUUUGAAGGAGCUGGAGAGAGCCUCCCCCAGGGAAAGCUUUAUUGAGGUGGACGUGGAGACUGCCAGUGAGGCAUCUUCAGAGCAGGACUACAGCUAUGAGUUUGCCCAGAUGGAGGUUAUAAUGAAGACUCUGGGAAACAAUGACCCCAUGCAGAAUGUGGUACAAGUUUUAGAAAAGCAAUACCUGGAGGAGAAGCGCACGGCUCUGGAGGAGCAGAGGAUGAUGUACGAGCGGGAGCUCGAAUCGCUUCGGCAACAACUUUCCCCAGAGAAAACCCAACAGCACCACCGCAGCAGCAGUGACCGCCUCACGUUCCAGACAAACACACCACACAGCAAGCUGCGACUUUGGACUGAGGAACGGGAUGAACUAUUCAGACAGAGUCUUUCUCGGCUCAGGGAACAGGUCCUGAAAGCCAACACUCUGGUGCGAGAGGCCAACUUUUUGGCAGAGGAGAUGAGCAAACUGACCGACUAUCAGGUUACGCUUCAGAUCCCUGCAGCCAACCUUAGCGCCAACCGCAAGCGUGGCGCCAUUGUUAGUGAGCCAGCCAUCCAGGUGCGCAGGAAAGGAAGGGGAACUCAGGUGUGGACUAUUGAAAAACUGGAGAACAAGCUGGUGGACAUGAGAGACAACUACAGGGACUGGAGGGAAGGCUCAGAGGAAGUGUUCAGCAAGUCAAAUGGUAAACAAUGUGACCCAUUUUAUGAGGCGCAAGAGAACCACAACUUAAUAGGAGUGGCUAACAUUUUUCUGGAGUGCCUUUUCCAUGACAUCAAACUGCAAUAUGCCAUUCCAAUUAUCAGCCAACAGGGGGAGUUAGCUGGAAGGCUGCACGUGGAACUGAUGCGGGUCAGCGGUGCCAUGCCCGAGCGCCUUAGUGGUGGAGAUGACUCCUCUGAGAACUCCAGUGAGAGUAGCUGCUAUGAAGUCAUGGACACCAAUGGAGAAAUUGUCCACAUGGCCAAGAGGCUCAUUAUCAGGGUUCGCAUCAGAGAGGCAACGGGUCUACCCCUCAACCUGUCCAACUUCGUUUUCUGUCAGUAUACCUUCUGGGAACAUGGUGAACCCACAGUGGCUCCGCCAAUGGUGAGCCCAGAUAGACCUUCUCCCCGUAGCCCAGAUGCACAAUUCACUGUUCAGUUUGACCACUGCAAGGACUAUGUUGUACAUGUGACAGAUGAUUUUCUGGAGUUUAUAUCAGAUGGAGCGUUGGCAAUUGAGGUAUGGGGCCAUUGCUGUGCUGGAAAUGGACGUUCUCCAUGGGAGUUAGAUGCACUGGAAGCCAAGACUCAGACGCUCCGAGACCGGUGGAGUGAGGUGUCUCGCAGGAUCGAGCUGUGGGUCUCCAUCCAAGAGCUCAAUGAACAGGGAGAGUACGCCGCUGUGGAGCUGCAACCUGGAAAAGACAUCACCACGGGAGGAAUCUUUCAACUGCGGCAGGGCCACUCUAGAAGGCUGCAUCUCAGCGUGAAGCCGGUGCAAAACUCAGGCACGCUACCUCUGCUGGCGGAGGCCAUGCUGUCUGUCUCCAUUGGUUGUGUGACACUGCGCUCGUCCAAAUUGCAGAGACCUCUUGACACUUACCAGAGAGAGGUGCAAGACGAUAUGGAUAGUUAUCAGGAGGAAGAUCUCAGUUGUGUGAGAGAGCGUUGGUCGGAAGCAUUAAUAAAACGACGGGAGUACCUUGAUGAACAAAUUAAGAAAAUCAUCAACAAGCACGAAAAAUCAGAAGAAGAUGUUGAGCGUGAGGCUCGCCUUGUGGAACAAUGGGUUGGCCUGACUGAGGAGAGAAAUGCCGUGCUUGUACCUGCACCUGGAAGUGGCAUCCCCGGGGCACCUGCUGACUGGAUUCCACCUGCAGGAAUGGAAGCUCAUAUCCCUGUCCUGUUCCUGGAUUUGAAUGCUGAUAAUUUGACAGUGAAUGAGCAGUUGACAGGCCCACAUGCUGCAGGAGUUAACUCUAUCCUACCUAAGGAGCACGGAAGCCAGUUCUUCUAUCUCCCCAUUAUCAAGCAUGGCGAGGAAGAGGUGACAGCAGUGUGCUCCUGGGACUCAUCCAUCCAUGAUUCCGUCCAUCUCAACCGUGUCACAUCUCCUCAUGAGCGUAUCUACUUGAUUUUAAAAGCCACAGUGCAGCUCAGCCACCCUGCCUCCAUGGAGCUGGUGCUCCGCAAGAGAGUGGCCGUAAACAUCUACAACAAGCAGAGUUUUACACAAAGUCUCAAGAGGAGGAUGUCUCUGAAAAACACUCUUUACUCCUGCGGCGUGACCUAUGAGAUUGUUUCCAACAUACCAAAGGCCUCGGAGGAGCCAGAAGAGAGAGAGACAUUGGCUCUCAUGGCUGCUCGUGCAGACAGUGAAGAGAAUCAGGAUGGCGAAAGUUACAUUGAGAAAUACACACGGGGAGUUCUGCAAGUGGAGAACAUCCUCAGCUUGGAGAGGCUGCGACAGGCUGUAACAGUGAAGGAGGCUCUUGCUACUAAAGGAAAACAUCUCAGAAGAAGCCUCAGCACACCAAAUGUACAGCAUUCUUCGUGCAGUAAAACAGACCUGAGUGGCUGUGAGGAUGAAGACCACAAAGUAUGUGAGGACCACUGUGAUCGUGUUGACUGCUCCAAUUCUCGGGAUGGCUCUCUCUGCAGCACACCAGUCAAAAACAAGGAAUUGCCAGGGUUAGUUCCAGAGAGUCCUACAUUCUUUAAUUCCAGUCCCUUCAAGCUUCUUUCCCCUCAACCAUCCAAGUUUCUCAAGUCCUUGCUGCCAGUCAUGGAGGAGAAAAAGGUGAAGAAAGUCCUGGAGACCCGACCUUUGCUGGGACAAGAGAGCAUGCGCUCUUGUGUGGACAGCCCUGCACUGCUCCCCCCUCCCUGCCCAUGGCGCAGACCCAGGGCAGGCAGCGAGGGCCACUGCAAGUCUUCCACCUCCACUCCCACCCGCAGGCAGCUCAGCCACACACCGCCAGACGGUGCUGAGUCGGACGAGGAGGAGACUGCAGUCAACGUGACUCUUGGUCCGGACCGAAGCCCUCAAGAGCGCAGCGGCGGCUUCCAGGCAUACAUCCCAGAGGACUUCGCAAACUUCGACAUUUACAAUGCCACACUGGAGAGCCGCGCUGACUUAAAGGAGAGGAGAGAAGUGUCUCGUAGUCCCACCGCCAGCAGCUGCACCAGCGGUUACUUUUCCCACAGCGCCUCAAACGCCACGCUGUCCGACCUGCCUUUCAGUUCCAGCGAGAGCUCAGAUCAUUUAAGCUGCUCUGCCAGAGAUUCCCAAGAUGCCCUGGGAUGUCAAGCUGGAAGGGGAUACACACAAAUUAAAGGCAUUUCCACUGGAUAUGAGGACCAGCAGCCUCUUGCUCAUCCUACAUCCUUACCUAUCAGUGUUCCUUUUGGCAAGCAGAGAACCUUCCCUCUGCCUCAAAACUGCAAUCUAAGUUGCAGUCAGGAGUUCACGGACUUUAAAGGGGCAGAUGACUUGGACCAUUUUACAGAGGGAUGGGAACAAGACGAUGGUGGGAAUCCCACAGAACUGAAGACGACGAAAAAAACAACAUGUCACUCUUCUGAUGAUGCUAAUGUUAUGAACAAUUCUGUCAAUGCCUUGGCUGCUUUACACAAAAAUCCUGUUUCAAGUAACACUGUAAUUGGCACCAUCACCCAGUCUUUAACCUCAGUGAUCACCUCUGCAUCACCAGCCGGCUGUACAUCAUUGUCAAGAUCCCCUCUUAGAGGAGGAGACCCUCCAAUCCGUGAGCCAGCACAGGGAGACGUGCCUCGCGGCAGCCCUUGUCCCAGCCCCGACCCCAGCAGCACGGAGCCCUCGGGUGACUCCAGCGGCGAUGAGGGCACCCCCGUCGCCCAGCUCCCUGACUGGAUGGCGCCUGGAGAGAUGGUGUGGGUGGGUAAGAGACGAGGAAUGGUCCAUUAUGUCGGAGGGGUGGAGUUCGCUAAGGGAAUCUGGGUUGGUGUGAAGCUGGACCUGGCAGUUGGUAAGCACAACGGUACAGUCCAGGGAAGAGUGUACUUCCGAUGUCCCCCUGGGCACGGCGUGUUCGUCAAGCCGUCUCGUCUGACUAAAGGCCCACCCUCCAUGGACACAGAACCAACCACCCUCAUCAGAUAAGACACAAAGACACAGUCUGGGCCAAUGCUUGAAUUCUUUGGCUAGGACUUUUUGUUUGUUGUUUUUUAAGGCUUUUACUUUAUAAUGAAGCUAAUCACUGAAUAUGCACAUGCUCAUUAUGCACAUAUUUUCCAUUUGGGAGUAUUUUUUUAAUGGGAAGCAUACGACUGAGAGUAUAUGGAAAUAUUAGCCACUUCCAUUUUCUUAAAGCCUAUUUUUGUAUGGUGUCAUAAACAUAAUCCCCUGAGGCUCAUAUGAUGAUGAUGAUUCAUCUGGGAUAUGAUUAAGAAUGUACUACUGUCAAUAAACCUCGAUAUUUUUAUUGUAAUAUGUCAGGGGUAACCAAAGAGUUUCAUAUCUGCUGUUAGGAGUUAGUUAGGUUGCUAAAGAGUGGAAACUUUCAUUGGGAAAUUCAAUUUAGGAUUUGGGGGAAUAUUUUGUGCCAGUUAAUAAAGUAACUGCAAAUAGGACUAGUUAUUCUCAACACAGUAAUGUAAAAUUACGUAAAUCAAUGUUUAAAUAACUAGAUUUUUUUAAACUUAUCAUUUAACAAGGUUAAAAAAGGAUAAACCUGGCUGUGCUAAUCUAAAUCAUGGUUUUAAACAAUUAUAUGGCGGAAAACAUUCAGGUCACUUGAAGUUCUGUUCUGAGACCCCCGAAAUCCUGUUGAUUUUCCACCUGGAAAGCUUCCACCUUUGAAACAUUAACCAGAAUUUUGCUUACCAAGUUUUAUAUUAAGUUUUCAGAACACAGCAUUUAUGUGUAUAAAGUUUAGUGCCAUGUCUCUUUACGGAAUAAUCCCACAUAUCCUCAAGAUCAACACGAAAACCUGCAUUGCCUUCACUUUGUGACUAUUGUAUUAUCCUGUUGAAGUACUGUAACACUGUGGAUCAAACAAUCCCUAUCCAGCAUGAGACUCAUGCUGUUUGAACGCUUGCACUGGAAAGGAUCCUCAGAGAUGGCAAGGACUGUCGUCCGUUGUGAACUGAUCGAGCCAGUUCUCAAGUUUUCAGCUGAGAGGACGGCAAAGUCGUGUGAUGUCAUUUCUGUAUGAAGAUUUUAUAGACUAUGUUCAGCACUUGGAUAUGAGGGUUUAAUGGGCUUUGUCCAGAAAUUGGUUGCAAUGAUGCCUUAGGUCCCUGCUUCCAUAAAGGUGGACACAUAACCUUAAAAAAUUGUGUAUACCUGUGACAAGGUUAUUAUUAUGACACACAGUGGCUUUUUGAAUGCCACCAGCCUUAUUUGGCUUGACUGAUGUGCAUACUUUUGCCCCCAACUUUUAUUGCGUGUCCAUGUGAAAUUUAUAUGUUGACUGACACGUAAUACCACGUUAUUAGCAGGUACUCAAUAAUGCAUCAAUGUGCUAUUUAGGAUCGAAUGACAGUAUGGUGAACGGUGUUGCGUUGCAGAGAGGAUGAGAUCGUGCUGUGCGAACAUGUGGCGAACUGCACACAAGUUGUGAUCUAUCUAUAUAUCAUGUAUAUGUUCAAGUUGUAAAUGGAAGCUAUUUCCCUUCAGCUGCUCUCCCUUUUGUGGAGAUGUAAAUACACAUGGUUUUUUUAAUAGUAUUUACGCUGUUAUAAUGUACAGAUUUGUAUUUAUGAUGUAUCGCAAAGUGUUUUAAUUGGUACAAGAAUGUUCAAGAAUAGAACAUUUACAAUCAACCCGGUGUGUUGACUUUUCUGUUGAAAUGUCUGAACGUUUAUGCCUUUUUUUUUUUUUUUUCGUGUUCAGCCGUCGCUUUCUAAUGAAAGGCUUGUACUUUACGGGUAGUCCCCGCGUUAUGAGUACGAUGUACUCGACUUAAGCGAUUUCGUCUUUACGACGACGGAGUCUCAUACGCCAUUUUGUCUCCAGUCGUUUUUUUUUCUUGGUCUCAUAAACAA